AUGGCGACCACAAUCAUCAGGCCCGGACCACCGGGCAUUCCAAAAGGUCUAAAAGCAAUAGUGGUGGCAGGAUUUACAGCCUAUGGAGUUUCACAGUGUGUAUUUACCGUCGAAGGAGGUCAUAGAGCCAUUAUGUUUAAUAGAAUUGGUGGUGUACAAGAACAAGUAAUGGUUGAAGGAUUGCAUUUACAUGUUCCUUGGUUUCAAUAUCCUAUUAUUUACGAUAUUCGCUCAAGGCCUCGUCAAAUUUCGUCACCUACUGGCUCAAAAGACUUGCAAAUGGUGAAUAUUUCCCUAAGAGUGUUAUGUAGACCCGAUGCUGAGAAAUUAGUUACUAUGUACAGGACACUCGGUAUUGAUUAUGAUGAGAAAGUCCUGCCAUCUAUUUGCAACGAAGUUCUUAAGUCUGUUGUUGCAAAAUUCAAUGCAUCCCAACUCAUAACACAGAGGCAUAAAAUCUCGUUACUAAUUAGAAGGGAGUUAUCCGAACGUGCUGCAGAUUUUAAUAUUAUUUUGGAUGACGUAUCGUUGACUGAAUUAAGCUUUGGUAAAGAGUAUACAGCUGCGGUUGAAGCUAAGCAGAUUGCUCAACAAGAAGCUCAAAGGGCUGCGUUUCUGCUAGAGAGAGCUAAACAAGAAAGACAGCAGAAAAUCGUACUAGCUGAAGGAGAAGCUGAAGCCGCAGAAAUGUUGGGAAAAGCUGUAAGCAAGAAUCCUGGUUAUCUAAAGCUGCGUAAAAUACGAGCAGCUCAAGCUGUUUCCAGAAUGAUAGCGCAAUCGCAGAACAAAGUGUUUGUUGGUAGUAACAGUUUGAUGAUGAAUCUAUAAGAUCUUGGUUUUGAUGACUUUUCAGAGAAAUUAACGAAGAAGCAGUAGGUAAUGGGUAUGGUAGUGUAAUUUGUUCUGUAGUCAUUUGUUUUUUCGACACACGUUAUUGAAAUUUCAUUGACUAUAUCUUGUCUUAAAACUAAAGUUUUGUUGAUAUUUCGCAUAAGAAACACUACUGUGGUAACAGAAAAUUGUGGAAUUGAGAAACACGACUUGAAAUUUCAAAAAAUUUUGAAUGAAACCAAUAAAUAUAUAUUCUAAUUCAUAGAUGGAUCA